CAGCCGAGCCCUACCUCCUAGAGCCGCCGAGCAGACGCCCGGGGAAUUCUAGAGGCGGAGGACGGUGGAGAGCAGCUCUCGCUCGCUGUCUCCCGCUCCCUCCCUCUCCUCGCGCUCCCUCUCCCACUCGGACUCUCUCUCUCCCUCCUUCACAUUUUCCCCUCGUCAGUCCUCCCUGCCCUGCGCGUCGGGACGCAGAUUUAGGACGCGAAUUCGCUCACGUUUUAGGACAAGGAAGAGGCGCUGGAGAAGAGCGCGGCCAAUUCGGAUCGAAACCGAGACACCCUCCGGAGGCUCGGAGCAGAGGAAGGAGGAGGAGGGCGAACGGAAGCCCGUGUGCAGUUCAAGUUUUGAUAGCGCUGCUAGAAGAGGGCUUAAAUCAGAGCCUUUUUUUCCCCUCCCGGAGAGAGACUUUUCCGCUCCCCGGCUCGCUGCUGAAGCCGACGCCAGGCGCAACUGCAGGCGCCUCUGGCGAGCCAGAGGGAGAGGAGAGAUAGGGGGGUGGGGGGAGACGGAGCAGAAGAGGCAAAAAGUCUCCUAGGAGAGCCGUUCUCGUUUGCUGCGGAGAACGGGGGGCUGGGGAGCGAUUCCUGGGACCCGGGACUGGAGUGUCUAUUUCGAGCCUAGCGCGGGGGCUCCGGCGCGAGCCGAGACCCAGCCGGCGCCUCUCGCUUCUGGAACCGACUUCCAGGAGCGGCUUUUUAAAAACGCCAGGCGCUGGGACAGUCACCCUGCCGACUAUGUCUGCUGACUUCUCGCCUUGCGCUCUGUAGAAGCGGAAUUUCCCUUUCCCAAAAGACACUUCGCUCCUUCCUUGAAGGUGCUUUGGUGGUGAAUUUUUUACUUUUUUUUCCUUUUUAAAAAAAAUACAAAACUAUGUGCUGCUGUUAAAAAACAACAACAAAACAAAACAGCAGCUGCGGACUCGUCCCCGGCUGGAGCCCAGCGCCCCGCCUGGAGUGGAUGAGCCUCUCCAUGAGAGAUCCGGUCAUUCCUGGGACAAGCAUGGCCUACCACCCGUUCCUACCUCACCGGGCGCCGGACUUCGCCAUGAGCGCGGUGCUGGGUCACCAGCCGCCCUUCUUCCCCGCGCUGACGCUGCCUCCCAACGGCGCGGCGGCGCUCUCGCUGCCGGGCGCCCUGGCCAAGCCGAUCAUGGAUCAAUUGGUGGGAGCAGCCGAGACAGGCAUCCCUUUCUCGUCCCUGGGACCCCAGGCGCAUCUGAGGCCUUUGAAGACCAUGGAGCCCGAAGAAGAGGUGGAAGACGACCCCAAGGUGCAUCUGGAGGCCAAAGAACUUUGGGAUCAGUUCCACAAACGAGGCACCGAAAUGGUGAUUACCAAGUCGGGAAGGCGAAUGUUCCCUCCAUUUAAAGUAAGAUGUUCUGGGCUUGAUAAAAAAGCCAAAUAUAUUUUGUUGAUGGACAUUAUAGCUGCUGAUGACUGUCGCUAUAAAUUUCACAAUUCUCGGUGGAUGGUGGCGGGUAAGGCUGAUCCUGAAAUGCCAAAGAGAAUGUACAUUCACCCUGACAGCCCUGCUACCGGGGAACAGUGGAUGUCCAAAGUUGUCACUUUCCACAAACUGAAACUCACCAACAACAUUUCGGACAAACAUGGAUUUACUUUGGCCUUCCCAAGUGAUCACGCAACGUGGCAGGGGAAUUAUAGUUUUGGUACUCAGACCAUACUGAACUCCAUGCACAAAUACCAGCCCCGGUUCCACAUCGUGCGGGCCAAUGACAUCUUGAAACUUCCUUACAGUACAUUUCGGACAUACUUGUUCCCCGAAACCGAAUUCAUCGCUGUGACGGCAUACCAGAAUGAUAAGAUAACUCAGUUAAAAAUAGACAACAACCCAUUUGCAAAAGGUUUCCGGGACACUGGAAAUGGCAGGAGAGAAAAGAGAAAGCAGCUCACCCUGCAGUCCAUGAGGGUGUUCGAGGACAGACACAAAAAAGAGAAUGGCACCUCGGAUGAGUCCUCCAGCGAGCAGGCUGCCUUCAACUGCUUCGCCCAGUCCUCGUCCCCAGCUGUCUCCACCGUGGGGACAUCCAACCUCAAAGAUCUGUGCCCCAGCGAGGGUGAGAGCGACGCCGAAGCCGACAGCAAGGAGGAGCACGGCCCGGAAGCGUGCGACGCGGCCAAGAUCUCCACCACCACGUCGGAGGAGCCCAGCCGGGACAAGGGCAGCCCCGCGGUCAAGGCGCACCUCUUCGCGGCCGAGCCGGGCGGCCGGCCCCGGGACAGCGGGCGGCUGGACAAGGCGUCUCCCGACUCGCGCCACAGCCCGGCCACCAUCUCGUCCAGCACGCUCACGGUGCAGACGGACGCGGCCGCCGCGCACCUGGGCCAGGGCCCCCUGCCGGGCCUCGGCUUCGCGCCCGGCCUGGCCGGCCAGCAGUUCUUCAACGGGCACCCGCUCUUCCUCCACCCCGGCCAGUUCGCCAUGGGGGGCGCCUUCUCCAGCAUGGCGGCGGGCAUGGGGCCCCUGCUGGCGACCGUGUCAGGGGCCUCCACCGGUGUCUCGGGCCUCGAGUCCACCGCCAUGGCCUCGGCCGCGGCAGCGCAGGGACUGUCGGGGGCGUCGGCCGCCACGCUGCCCUUCCACCUUCAGCAGCACGUCCUGGCUUCUCAGGGCCUGGCCAUGUCGCCUUUCGGGAGCUUGUUCCCUUACCCCUACACCUAUAUGGCCGCAGCAGCCGCUGCCUCCUCGGCCGCGGCGUCCAGCUCCGUGCACCGCCACCCCUUCCUCAACCUCAACACCAUGCGUCCACGGCUGCGCUACAGCCCCUACUCCAUCCCCGUGCCGGUCCCCGACAGCAGCAGCCUGCUGACCACCGCCCUGCCGGCCAUGGCCACGGCCGCCGGGCCUCUGGACGGCAAAGCAGCGGCCCUGGCCGCCAGCCCGGCUUCGGUGGCUGUGGACUCGGGCUCAGAACUCAACAGCCGCUCGUCCACGCUCUCCUCCAGUUCUGUGUCCUUGUCGCCCAAACUCUGCCCAGAGAAAGAGGCGGCCACCAGCGAACUGCAGAGCAUUCAGCGGUUGGUCAGCGGCCUGGAAGCCAAGCCGGACAGGCCCCGCAGUGCAUCCCCCUAAACCUCUCCCCAGAAAGUCUCUUCAUUCCAGUCCAGUCCAGUCUGCAGUGCACUUUGUCGGAUGUAAAAUGAACCACAGGCGUGCAGUCCUGUCUGGGAAAGGGUGCCGGACUCCCUCGAGAGAAUGUACUAGAAACAGGCUCCUCUCCUUGGUGUGGUUUCUCUAUCAGAAUCUGGCUCACAUUCGGGCCCAGAUGCUCCUGGGUUAUGGAUUUUGUGGGGGUGGGAGUUAGGCGAUUAUGUCCAGAGCACCUUCCAGCCAGACUGGUCUGGGAGCUGUGACCUAAGAGAAAGGUAGCCAGGUCCCCGGGGAGGGGAGGUGUUGAGGCUUCUCUCCCAGUGCAGAUAUAUUUUCUUUCACCGUGUCAAGUGGAAACAAACAAAUAAUAAAAAAUACUGGGGACAAACUAAUACAAUGAACACAAUUCUGUCCUUGAAGAUUGAAAACUUUAUAGUGACUUGCCUAUCAGUUCUAAAGAAAUCACCAAAGCAGCAUUGUUUGGGGGAGGGAGGUAGCUGCCAUCCUUGUUUAAUCUCUAUUAAGGAAAUCUGUGUCUUUUUAAUAUUCUUGUGAUGUUUUAAGAGCCGCUAUAGGUCUCUUCUUGCAUGUUCCACAGUAAUGUAUUUGUGGUUUUUAUUUUAAAUGCUUGCUUUUAGAGAGAAAAGAACUUGACCCCAUCUCCAUCCCCCAAUUCUUUUCCCUCAGAUCGGCCAGGGGUGGGGAGGUGGAUUGAAAAGGGAGGGAUGGGAAAAACACAAAAAAUGAAUUUAUUUUAUCUGAGCUCUGUAGCAGAUUCACGGCGUCCUUUCUGGCAGUUCUCUCUCUUUUCUGUAUAUGCAAUAACAAGGUUUUAAAAAAAAUAAUAAAGAAGAAGCGAGACUAUUAGACAAAGUAUUUAUGUAAUUAUUUGAUAACUCUUGUAAAUAGGUGGAAUAUGAAUGCUCGGAAAAUUAAACUUUAAUUUAUUGACAUUGUACAUAGCUCUAUGUAAAUAGGAUCGCAGCUUGUUGGGUUCUGCAUUUUUGUUUUCCUUUUAGUAGGUUUUAUUUCAAGGUCACAGGAUUGCUAGAAAACACAUGUAAUGCACCGACACAGCACACUCAAAUGAGUUGUUUGCAAAAACAAACCUUUUUGUUUUCUUUUUUAAUGUCCCAAGAGUGGGGGAAAGUGGCAUUAUAUCUGUUACCCAAAAUUGGGGGAGGGGAGGAUGCCACCUUCCUGCUCCCCCUUAAAUUCUUUAAAAUAUAACACCCUAGGAGUGGUUCUGUGAUUGCUUGGGGG